UCAGCCAUAUAUAUCACAGUUUAAUCAUAUAAACCAAUUGUUAUUAUAUUAAAGCUAACGAGUAGAGCUUCAGAUAUCUAUCCAUGGCUUCUCACUUCCUCCUCCUUGCCCUCCUUGCCAUGGCUGCCUCGCUUGCAAUGGCCACAGACCCUACUCAGCUCCAAGACUUCUGCGUUGCAGACAUUACAUCUAACGUUUUUGUGAAUGGCUUCGUCUGCAAGAAUCCGAACCUCGUCACUGAGAAUGACUUCUUCUUCCCCGGACUCAACCACCCCAGAAACACAGCUAACCAGCUCGGCGUAAAUGUGACAGCCGUGAGUGUUACAAACCUCCCUGGUCUGAAUACGCUUGGCAUCUCCAUAGCUCGCAUAGACUUUGCGCCUUACGGCCUCAACCCUCCUCACACUCAUCCAAGAGCCACAGAGAUCUUGGUUGUGCUGGAGGGAACUCUCUCUGUUGGCUUCGUCACCUCGAACCCUGAUAAUAAAUUGUUUGCUAAGGUUCUUUACAAAGGUGAUGUUUUUGUUUUCCCUCAGGGGCUUAUUCACUUCCAGUUCAAUGCUGGUCAUGAGAGUGCUGUGGCACUUUCUGGGCUAAGUAGUCAGAAUCCAGGGGUGAUCACCAUUGCAAAUUCUGUGUUUGGAUCGAAGCCACCGAUUUCAGAUGAGAUUUUGGCGAAGGCGUUCCAGCUUGAUAAGAAGACGGUGGAUUUGUUGCAAGCUAAGUUCUGGAUGAACAACUAGUAAUUAAAGAUCAAAUGGAUUUGUUUCUUGCGUGGAUGUAUGAUUUCCUUUGGAUUUGUGAACUUCUUUAUGUAUGUGUGUUAUUGUUUUUGUUUCCUUAUUGUUGGUACAAUAAAGAAUGUGUGUUUUGUUUCUAUAUAAAAUUUGUAGGGUCUGUGUAAGUUCGUGGAAUAUAUAAUAAAUUAUUUGAAGAGAAUGAGUCUCUAAUAGUAAUCAAAUUGUCUCUACUUAGUUCUCAAAGUUAUAGAACACAUGGAAAAAAAAUAGUUUCAACUCCCAAAUCUUCUUAUGGUGGUUCAUUCUUUUAUCCACCACUUGAUUGAUUGCUUCCUCAUCUCAAGAAG